AUGAAGGCCUUGGGCACACUACGAGAGUGCAAGGUGGUGGGUGGCUGCCCGCCCACCCCCAAAUGCCACACACCGCCCCUCUACCGCAUGCGAAUCUUUGCGCCUAAUGAUGUCAUCGCCAAGACCUGCUUCUGGUACUUCCUAUCUCAGUUAAAGAAGAUGAAGAAGUCUUCAGGGGAGAUUGUCUACUGUGGGCAGGUGUUUGAGAAGUCCCCGUUGUGGGUGAAGAACUUCGGCAUCUGGCUGUGCUAUGUCUCCCAUAGCGGCACCCACAACAUGUACCGGGUGUUUCACGACCCGACCACCGCGGGCGCUGUCAUCCAGUACUAGAGAGACAGGCGCCCGGCACCGCGCCCGGGCCCACUCCAUCCAGAUCAUGAAGGUGGAGGAGAUCGCAGCCAGUAAGUGCCACCGGCCGGCCAUCAAGCCACAAUUCCAAGAUAAAGUUCCUGCUACCUGACCCUGUCCUGCGCCGUCAGCACUAGCCACGCUUCACCACCAGGAGGCCCAACAUUUUAGGUUCAGGGCCUUCGCCCGGGUGUGCCCCAGAUAAACUCAGGAACGCCCCGGUGCAAAAAAAGAAAGAAAUA